CUGUUCUGCCCCAUACUAACACAUUAUGACGUCUGAACAAGGGACACUUCCGAAAAAGGUCACUCGGUAUAUAUCCCAAAGAUGUAGGCUUUGUUAGUAGUGUUCCAACUCACAGUCUUUCCUUUGGAGUACUUCUCCUCACACUUUUGGAUCUCCUCCGACGAUACCCUCCUCUUGGAGAGAUCGAUGUAACCUUCUCCUCGUCCACUCUGAUGACUACCACGCACUCGUUGCGGCCGAUGCGAACCAGUCUGUUGAUGGACCUGAUCCGACGUCGCGAGAGCUCGCUCAGCAUGAUCAUCCCCUCGAUAUUGUCGUACUCCAGCAGACUCACGUAGGCACCCAUCUCGGCGAUGGAGCGAACGUUUACCAUCACCACGUCCUCCAGCUUGGGGUAUCUGUGUUUGUAGAAACGACACGAGAGAGCCAUGGUGACUGCACUGACGACUCGAGGCCACGCGAAUGGACCUCGUCGUCGUCGUACCGCACGCGUCGCUUACGCAUGCGCAAAUUGUAAGUCAGCCCCACCCACGCACACACGCGGAGUUUAUCAUCACCGGCGUUCCGCUGCAGCGAUGUUUACUGAGGGAAGGAUCGGUCCCUGAUGGCUAGGACGAAGAGGGCCCUGCUUCUGCUGGGUCUCUGCAGUUUGAUGGAGUUUGCGCGGGCUGUGUGCGAGGAAGGCGGGGAACCAAUUGCCUGCGCUCCCCCGCACGAUGAAAACAUACUGGCCGGCCUUGAGCCGGUGGCCAGCGACUCAUGCGGCCAGCGAGGUCCGGAGAAGUUCUGUUACCAGACCACAGACGGCAGAACGCAAUGCGAUUACUGCGACGCCAGUGUAGCGCAGCAGGGGCACCCUCCGUCUCUAAUGACAGACCCAAACGUCGUGGAGGGAGAGAACCUUACGUUCUGGCUCUCGUUCCGCUCCUCGGCAGUCGUCACUUUCCCACUGAGCAAGAAAUUUGAGAUCAGCAGCGUGUCCGUGUCCUUCUUCUCCUCGCGUCCACAGUCAUACGCCAUCUACAAGUCGACGGACUACGGCGAGACGUUCGUGCCGUUCCAAUACUUUUCUCUCUCGUGCGAGGCGACGUACGGCGUUGCAGAGAGCUCUGAUGUGGAUGUCGGUGAAGAAGACGUAGCACUGUGCACGUCGGCUGGGGCAGGAGGGACGAGCAGCGAAGAAACUGUUUUCCGACCGCUCGAACACCGUCCGGGGGAUCUUGCAGACAGCCAGCAACUGCAGGAAUGGGUUCUGGCUACUCACAUUCAGCUACGUUUCGACGGUCAGGAUGCUGCGGCCCAGUUUUACGCAGUCUCCAACGUGGAAGUAUCGGGGACUUGUUACUGCAACGGGCAUGCUAGGACCUGUUCUGGGAGUGUGGCAGGGGGAGAUGUGACGUGUGAGUGUGAACAUGGGACGGAUGGGAGAGACUGUGGCGAAUGCCUGGAUUUCUACCAGGAUGUUCCGUGGAGUCGCGCUACCAUUGACAACCCAACUAGCUGUGCAGCCUGCAACUGCAACAAUCAUUCGGACGUCUGUCGUUUCGACGUUGCGGUGUAUGUGGCCAGUGGUAAUGUGAGUGGAGGAGUCUGUGAGAGCUGCCGGGACAACACUGAGGGUGAACAGUGCCAGCGAUGUACCCUCAGCUACUACCCAAGUCCCAGCCUCCCUCUCGCCAGUCCUGAUUACUGCACCCUGUGUGACUGCGACCCUCGAGGGACGGUGGGUGGAGAGGCGAGCUGUCUCCUUCCUCCCUCCGUAUCACCGGCAUCUCCCGCCAGUCAGAGCUGCCAGUGUAAGACCAACGUGGAGGAGGAGGAGGACGGGAGAUGUUCCCAGUGUAAGACUAGUUUCCACCAGCUGUCCCUCUCCGACCCAGCCGGCUGCCAAGCUUGCCCCGCGUGCUAUGAUCAAGUGUACGUGGAGUUCAACAGGACUCAAAGCCUCCUCUCCUCUCUCAUCUCCCACCUCAACUCCACCUCCCCUGGCCAACUCCCUGGGGACCUUCUCCAAGAGAUCUCAGACUAUCGCCUGAUUCUGGAGGACAUGCUGAUUCGAGCAACUCUCCUCGCACGCCAGGAGAGUAACCUCACUUCUAGAGUCAGUGUCGUUGCCACAGAGACCGACAAUUUAGAAGAUCUGAUUGGUCGGUUGGAGCGAAACGUGUCCCUGUCGGAGGAGGGGCUGGGGCGUAUUGCGGCGGAGUUUGACUCAGUGGUCGAGCUGCUGCGUCGUCUGACAGGGAGUUUGGAAGCUGUUGAGACCGCAGUCAGGGUUGACCUUGUGACCUCUCUCUCUCGUGCCUCAAAGAGUCUGCAGGAAAUUGAUGGUCUCUUCAGUCAGCUUGUGAACCUCUCUCGCGAGGCCAACCAAUCCUCCUUUGGUCAUCGCUACCUAGCACUCAAUCUUCUGAGCUCGGCGACUGAGUCCCUGGCGUUGGUCCAGCAGGCCCUAGAUCUCCUCUCUCUCACUAUCUCGCUCCAAAACACGACCUCACUCGUGCUGGAGGGACUCCGUCAAGAGAGCAUGAGACUAGACUCUGUUUUCACUGAUGCCAGUUCCGACCUUCGCGAGGCUCGGCUAACAGUGGCAUUUGCAGUGGACCAGUCCACAGCCCUUCUGGAGCGACUGAACAACGUAACGAUAUCCGACUACGACACAAGUGAGCUGGAGGAGAGACUCGAGGCUCUGCAGAACGUCACUCGGGACCUGGUAUCAGACACUGGUGCGGUGUCAGGGGAACUGAGGGGAGUGGAGAGGGAGGUGGAGGAGGUGAGAGAGAGAGCAGGGGUGCUCCUGGCAGAGUCCGACAGUCUCAAUCUACUGUCGGUGGAGCUGCUGGCGAGGGCUCACGCCGCGCUCUCAUUUGCCAACCAGACGGUGGAGGAAGGGAGUGAGUUUGUGGCCUCAGUGGAGGAGAUACUGACACAGUUGCAGCUGAGGCUGGGGAACAGCAGUGGAAUUGUUAGCGGGCUGGAGGAAGUGGUGCGGAAUAUACUGGUGGCAGAGGAGUUGGUAACCGAGGCCGAGAGGGAGGGGGGGAGGAGGAGAGGAGAAGUCAACGAGGCUGUCAGGGAGGCGGAGGAGGCAGUGAAGGCAUUCGAGGAAGCCAGUCAGCUCACUGCUCAGGCCCUGGAGGCUGCUCUGAGGGUGAGGGAAGAAGCGACAAACACUCUAUUUAAUGCCACUCUCCUGGCAAGCGAAGCCGAGGAACUACGUGGUAAUGUGUCGGCUUCUGAAGAGAGGGGGGCGGAGCUAAAGGUUGUUUCCACGGAGACUGAGGAGCUCAUCACCACGGCAACAGAAGCGGCUCAAACAGCCUCGUCUGAUGCCAGUAGUUUACAGGAGGAGAUUCAGCAACUGACGGGAGUUUUGGAUGAGCUCAAGGUGGACCUGGAUUCCACAGAAUUGUUGCCCAGCAACCGUUUGUCGGACGUGGGAUCCAUGGUAACGGAGCUGGAAGCUCAGGCAGACAGCAACCAAGUAACAUUGGACGCCCUGCAAGACCAGGUGGGGCAGCUGGAGGCGUCAUCAGGAGAGCUGAGAGAGAGCCACAGAAAUCUGCAGCAGCAUCGAGACCUCCUCCAGUCAAUUCUGGACAACAUCCAGAGACUGGACUGCCGGAACCAGUUCCAGUCCAUCUAGUGGAAUGGACUGGGGACACACACCACCCAGCUAGAGUCUCUAUAUACUAGUGUAAUCAUCAGCGCCGACUGUACUGUUUUCAUAUACCGUCAUUGAUCAUGGACACUCGUUAUAAUAUUAUUAUAUCUUUGGAAAAAGAGAACACAAUUGAUGCAGAAAAGAUCCUCUGUCAACACACACACACACACACACACAGUGAGAGCUACACCACAAAAACUAGGGGCUGUCUGGAGAGAAGAGAGAGGGAGAGAGAGAGAGAGAGAAGCAAAGGUCACUUGAGCCAGUCGAGGUCGUCUUCUUCGUCACUGCCAAACAGAGGAUUGGGAGGAGGUUUGGACGACGUCUCUGCUAUCACCUCACUCGCCGCAGGGUCGUCAGUGGAAGAGGCAGGAGUAGAGAAGAGGUUAUCAGAUUGAGAGAACACCGAGCUGUUCCCUCCAAACACCUCAGCACUAUUAACAAAGAGAGAAUCAGCUUGGUAUAGUACAUGUACUGCAUGCGUGGUUGGGUGCU